AUGCCAGACCAAGUUGCUCUAAAGAAACAGAUCACCCUGUUCCAGGGUGUCGCCAUCAUUGUUGGCAUCAUCAUCGGCUCAGGGAUUUUUGUCUCCCCUGUGGGGAUUCUGAUGCACACCAAAUCGAUUGGCUUAUCUAUGAUCAUGUGGGCCAUCUGCGGGGUAUACAACACACUGUGUGCCCUGUGCUAUGCUGAACUCGGAGCUUCCAUGCCGCAGUCAGGAGGAGAGUAUGUUUAUAUCCAGAGGGCUUUCGGAGAUUACCCAGCAUUUAUCUGUCUGUGGAUAAACUUCCUGUUGAUCUGCCCCGUGGGGAUUGCUGCACUCAGUCUCAUAGCAUCUUUGUACAUCCUGCAGCCAUUGUUUCCUGACUGUGAGGUGCCGGUUGUGGCAGAACGUUUCAUUGCCAUCUGUAUAUUCUGGCUGCUGAUAGCUAUCAACACAAGAAACGUCAAGUGGGCAACCCGAGUGCAGGUUGUCAUCACUGUUUCCAAGCUGGUUGCCUUAACUCUGGUGGUUGUCAUCGGCAUGGUGUACCUGGCUAAAGGAGAGACUGAGAACUUGCAGGAGACCUUUGUGGACAGUGAUUACAGUGCCGGGGCCAUUGCUCUGUCCUUUUAUUCUGGGUUCUGGGCAUACAGCGGGUGGAGUUACCUAAACUUCUUGACUGAAGAGCUUGUAAAUCCCCAUAGAAACCUGCCGUUAGCCAUUAUGAUCUCCAUGAUUACGGUCAUCUGUGUGUACCUGGUCACCAACAUUGCAUACAUUGCUGUCCUCACGCCGGCACAGAUGUUGCAAUCAACGGCUGUUGCUGUGACGUUUGCAGAACAAACAAUGGGGAUUAUGCAGUGGAUCAUGCCCAUUCUCAUUGCCAUAUCAGUCUGUGGGACCAUGAACGGGACAGCAUUGUCAAUGUCCAGGUUAUUCUUCAUUGGGGCCAAGAACAACCACAUGCCUAUGUUUAUGUCCAUGAUACAGUACAAGUUCCUCACUCCUGCCUGUUCCUUGUUCAUUAUUAUGCUGCUUGUAUUCUGUUUUCAAAUGUCCAGAGACAUUUGGUUUCUCAUUGAAAUGGAAGGGUUCGGAUUCGCAACCGUUCUCACCAUGGUGUUUGCAGGACAGGUUUGGCUGCGUUUCAAGGAGCCAGAUUUGUACAGGCCAAUUAAG